GAGGGGGCCUGGCCAGCGCGGGGCGGGAGGCUGGCAGCAGCGGCCUUGGCUCCGGGCAGCGGCGGCGGCAGGUUCCUUCCUUCCGUCUGGGGCGGGGACUGGCUGCAGCGCGACUGCCGCGGCUGAGGCGGGAGCCGGAGCAGAGCCGGAGCCGGAGGAGGGGCCGCGCGGGCGGCCGCAGCGGUGGAAGCUGGAGCAGCCACGGGAGCAGCAGCAGCUGCGGGAGCAGCUGGAGCGGGAGCAGCCGCCGCCACCGCCUGAGCAGCCGGAGCCGCAGCAGCAGCAGCAGCAACAGCAUCAGGAGCAGCGGCAGCGGCGGCUGCGGCGGCGCCGGCCCUGGUCGUGGCCGUGGCCGUGGCCGUGGGCAGCCUACGUUCACGACGGCGACCCGGCCUCCUGCCCUGGCUCCACCCCCCGCAUCAGCAGGUCUCUGCUACUUCUUGCCAUGCCUGAGGAGAUGGACGGUGCGCCCCCACUGCCCGGCUCCACCCUGUGCCCCCCGUCCUACUAAGCGAGGCGGCGGCGGCGGCGGCAGGAUGAACAUCGCGGCCGUGUUCAACGCUCUGCUGGUGUCCAUCCUGGCGGCGGUGCUGUGGAAGCAUGUGCGGCUCCGGGAGCACGCGUCCACGCUGGAGGAGGCGCUGGCGCUGGGCCGCGGGGCCCGGGAGCCCUCGCCGGAGGCCGACUACGAGGCGGCGGUGCAGGCCCUGGAGGAGGAGGGCACGCGCAUGGUGUGCACGGGGCGCACGCACACCGACCGCCUGUGCCGCUUCCAGGCCUUGUGCUACUCCACCGAGGCCGGGGAGUUCGUCUUCUUCCACGGCAACGCGUCGGUGAUGCUGCCCAGCCUGGGCCCGCGCCGCUUCCAGCCGGCCCUCCUGGACCUGUCCUCGGUGGAGGACCACAGCGCCCAGUACUUCAACUUCGUGGAGCUGCCGGCCGGCGCCCUGCGCGCCCUGCCCCGGCCGAGGUUCGUGUCCGAGGCGGUGCUCAUCGCCAACCGCUUCAACCCCGACAACCUCAUGCACGUCUUCCACGACGACCUGCUGCCCGUGUUCUACACCAUGCGCCAGUUCCCGGGCCUGGGCCCCGAGGCGCGGCUGCUCUUCAUGGAGGGCCGCCCGCCGGGGCCCCACUUCGACCUGUACCGGCUGCUGAGCCCGCACGCGCCGCUGAUGCGCGAGCACCUGGGCGGCCUGGGCCGGCUGCUCUGCUUCUCGCAGGCCUACGUGGGGCUGUCCAAGGCCACCACCUGGUACCAGUACGGCUUCGUGCAGCCGCAGGGCCCCAAGGCCAGCAUCCUGGUGUCGGGCGUCGAGAUCCGGCGCUUCGCCGGCUUCGUGGCGGAGAGGCUGAACGCGACGGCGGGGAAGGGCCCCCCCCGGGGCGAGGGCUACAUCGUGGUGUUCAGCCGCACCGUCAACCGGCUCAUCCUGAACGAGGCCGAGCUGCUGCUGGCCCUGGCCCAGGAGUUCCGCAUGAAGACCGUCACGGUGUCGCUCGAGGACCACACGUUCGCCGACGUGGUGCGGCUGGUGGGGGGCGCCUCCAUGCUGGUCAGCGUGCACGGUGCCCAGCUGGUCACGGCGCUCUUCCUGCCCCGCGGCGCCACGGUGGUGGAGCUCUUCCCCUAUGCCGUCAACCCCGACCACUACACCCCCUACAAGACUCUGGCCGGCCUUCCCCACAUGGACCUCCACUACGUGGCGUGGCAGAACACCAAGCAGGAGAACACGGUCACCCACCCCGACCGGCCCUGGGACCAGGGGGGCAUCGCCCACCUGGACCGGGCCGAGCAGGAGCGCAUCCUGAAGAGCCGAGAGGUCCCCCGGCACCUGUGCUGCCGCAACCCCGAGUGGCUCUUCCGCAUCUACCAGGACACCAAGGUGGACAUCCCGUCCCUCCUCCAGACCAUCCGGGGGGCGGGGAGGGCCAGGCCGGGCCCCGGGGACCCCCAGACCCCUGGCGGCCUGUACCCGAGCAAGGUGAAGGAGGCCCGCUGCCGGGCCUCGGUGCAGGGGGCCUCGCAGGCCCGGCUGAGCGUGUCGUGGCAGGUGCCGUGGAACCUCAAGUUCCUGAAGGUGAAGGACGUGCAGUACGAGGUGUGGAUCCAGGAGCAGGGCGAGAACGCGUACAUGCCUUACAUCCUCAACCACCAGAACCACACCUUCGCCGACAACAUCAAGCCCUUCACCACCUACCUGGUCUGGAUCCGCUGCAUCUUCGGCCGGAACCUGCUGGGCCCCUUUGCCGACGUGCUGGUGUGUAGCACGUAGCCCCCCAUUAGUGCCUCCGUGGUCCUCUGCAUUUACUGUGUGUGUUCUUGACUGUGCCAGUGCUCGGUGGAACCCCCGCCCCCUCCCCGCCACCAUCGCCAUCGAGUGUCCGUAGUCCUGGGAAGGUGAAGUAGGGGGUUCGAGCCCUGCGUAGGUCUGGGGACUGUGGGUGGUUAUGUGGAGUAUUUCAUUAGCUUCUUUCAUUGUGAAAUUUACCCGAAUCCUACUUAAGGAUGUGUUGUUGAGACAUUCAAUAAAUGGUUAUGAGCAUCAA